AUGGCGCCACAAUGGGCCUCUUCACAGCGACACUCCUCCACCGCGGCGUCCGUGGAGCCCCCGGCACCCGACUCUGCAGAACUAAGCACGGUCGACAAGAUCAAUGUACUCAUUGAGCGCAUCGCUGAAAACGAGGAAAACAUGGUGCAAAUAAUGGAUGAAUUGGAUUUGUUGGCGGAAUCGGAAGACGCCGAUGAUCUCCUGGCCGAAUUUAUGAGCAACCGGGACCUUCACACAACGGAAUCUUGGGUGAACUUGGUUCGACAGCAAUUCGGAGACACUAUUCCAGAAGGCGUCCUGGAAGCAAAGGAGAUGAAGCUUUAUACAAGUCUCUAUGGAGAACCGAUCGUGCAAGAGUUCCUCGAGGAAACCAUCGCGGAGGAAGAAGAAGGGGAAUCUGAUCAGUUGUUCCGCGAGGAUGCAGAAGGAAACUGGGAGGAGGUCGAAUACAAAGAGACUGCAGAAUCUGAGGAUGAUUUGCCGGUGGUCUAUGACAUGGAAAUUGGACCUGAAGAAAGGGAGACAAUCGCCAUGCAGCGGACACGAGAAGUGGCCGAGCAGCUGGGCGGCGAGAUCAUGCUAGAGCAGUUUGAGAAUGAGGCCGUUCCAGACUCUGCUCCAAGAGCUCACCCUUUGACCCAGAUGGGCCAAUCUCAAACUGACCCCUCUACGAUUCAUCCACCGAAAGAUUCGCUUACUGGACCCAUCUCCGUCAUCUUGUCGGAGGUCUCCAACAGACAUGUCGCUGAGACUGCACAUCGUCUGUUUGGCGGACCAGGCUUGCCUCAUUCCACCACAACUCCGCCUCCACGCGCACAGCUGCCUCAGCUUCCAAUCCCGAUCCAUGCAUCUCAACACUACAUGGCAAAUAUGGAGGCUAAUGCCUACCUCGCAGUCCUUUACCCGGGAAUUUAUGCGUCUGCACUCAGUGUUCUGGUUGAAAUAAGAAAACGCCUUGGCACAGACUGGCUUCGCAACCUCAUUAGUCAAGAAGGCGGACCGAAUGUCCUUGAUGCUAGCGGUGGUGGUGCUGGCAUAUUGGCCUGGAGAGAUGUCCUUCGGGCGGAAUAUGAGACCAUGGUUCCCGAUCAACCCAGAGAAGCGCCGGUUCCCUAUGGCCGAUCGACCGUUGUGACAGGCUCCGACGCGCUCCGUCUACGUGCAAGUGCAAUCCUCGAGAACACAACUUUCCUUCCUCGUUUACCGGACUAUCUCCACGUACGUGAGAAGCCCACAAUCGAUGAUUCACGUGAGGCUCCCAAGCGCAAGCAGUUUGAUGUGAUCAUCGCGCCUCAUUCUCUUCUUGGCUUCGAAGAAGAAUAUGAGCGUAAGGAGUAUGUGGAGAAGCUUUGGGCUCUCCUCAACCCCGAAGGAGGUAUUCUUAUUCUUCUAGAGAAGGGACGUCAAAAGGGCUUCGAGGCCAUUGCCGGUGCUCGGGAGAUGCUGCUUAAGCGUCAUAUCUCCAGUCCUGACUCAACAGAAUAUAACAACUCCAUCGAGUCCCCCAAUGAGAAUGAACCAGUGACUAAGGGGACCGGCAUGAUCAUUGCCCCUUGCACUAAUCACUCAACCUGCCCCAUGCACAACCCUGCAGGCCCAUCAAAAGGCCGCAAGGACUAUUGCCACUUUGAGCAGCGGUACAUCCGACCCCCAUUCCUGCAGCGCAUCAUGGGGGCCAAGGACCGUAACCACGAAGACGUCAAGUUCAGCUACCUUGCUGUGCAGCGCGGUGUGGAUAUGCGACAGGAACUUGGUAUCCAGCAGAAUGCUGAAGCAACAGACGCCGCUUUUGAAGGGUUCGAGGAUGCCGAGGAUCUAUCUAAGAUUCACCCGCUCUCUCUCCCUCGUGCUGUCUACCCUCCUCUCAAACGCCGCGGUCAUGUCAUUUUCGAUUUAUGUACACCAGCCGGCAAGAUCGAGCGCUGGACUGUCCCGCGUUCUUACAGUCGACAGGCUUAUCGCGACGCUCGCAAGUCUAGCUGGGGUGACCUCUGGGCAUUAGGCGCCAAGACCCGUAUCCCACGCAAUCUGAACUUGGGUGACAAGCAUGGCGAAGGCAAGAAAGAACGUCUCGCUCGACGGGCUGCAGACAGGGCAGCUCGCGAGGAGGAAGAAUUGGAAGAGAAUGAGCGUGACGAGGAAGAUGAAGACGAUGAGCUUGAUGAGGCGCGAAGCCGUCCGGAUCUGCCUGAGCCGAUUCCGCGGAAGAAAGGCGAGACUAUCCCUAGCUGGAAGAAGCACAACGAUAAGAAGAAGAUGAGACAGGCAUUAAAGAGACAGGUUGAUGCUGAGAAUACUCCCUAA